UCUUUCUAUUAGUCCCUUGUACUGCUCAGAUCUCUUUCAACUUCACAAGUUUCAAUCGAGACAUUAACCACAUCAACUGCACUGGAGAUGCUAAAUCCUCUGAUCCAGUCAUCCAACUGACCCUAAUCUUGAACAAACCCAUGACAGAAAGUACAGGCCGAGCCACGUACUUCAAACCAAUGCAUCUUUGGGACAAAGCCACAGGAGCACUUGCAGACUUCAAUACCCAUUUCUCCUUUGUCAUUAACUCACUAAAUCAGACCCCAUAUGCGGACGGGAUGGCAUUUUUCCUUGCACCAGUUGGUUUCCCUAUUCUUGAUGUCCAAGAAGGAAGAGGUUUAGGCCUUGUCAGCGGUCAACAAAUAUUCAACCCCACGUUCAACUCAUUGCCGGCCAAUCAAUUCGUGGCAGUGGAGUUCGACACAUUUAUCAACAAUCAAUGGGAUCCACCAUUUGAGCAUGUAGGUAUCAACAUCAACUCCUUGGUAUCUGUGCAAAAUGUGACAUAGCGGUGACAACCUCAAGCCUUCAAUAAAGCAAGCAAUUCAAGUUCUUGACUUUGAGGCUCCUUUGCCUAGCCUCCCACCAAACAUGCCUGUGCCAACUUACUCAGCUCCUGAAAGGCACGAGACACAAUCCUCCAGCUCUAGCUGCUACACCAUCUCUUCCAACCAUUCCGUAGUUUUUUCGUCGUUGCCAAAGCUUUCAUAAGGUGAGGGAUCAUUUGUACUCAAUAAUCGUUAUUAUAUUUCAUAUUUUUAUUUUUUUGGUUAUAAUAUGACUUGUUUAUC